GCGCCGCAGAGCAGCUUCCGGUACAGAAAGGCUACAGCCUUGGGAUUUCCUCAUAUUCUGAGUUAUGUGAUCCAUAAUUUGCGCCAAUAAAACCUAAUUAACAAUGCCUACUCCAACAGUUGCUUACUUCUAUGACCAGGAUGUUGGCAACUUUCAUUAUGGGCCAGGUCAUCCUAUGAAACCACACAGAAUAUCACUGACACACUGCCUUGUGUUACAUUAUGGACUCUACAAGAAAAUGAAGGUGUACAGACCGUACAGAGCUACCUUCCAUGACAUGUGUAGAUUUCACUCUGAAGAUUACAUUGAUUUCCUCCGAAGAGUGACACCAAACAAUGUCCAGAGCUUCACAAAGUCACUUAGUAUGUUCAACGUGGGGGAAGACUGUCCUGUGUUUGAUGGAUUGUUUGACUUCUGUGCAAUGUACACUGGAGCCUCAUUAGAAGGGGCAGUCAAACUAAACAACAAUCACUGUGAUAUUGCUGUCAACUGGUCUGGGGGUCUGCAUCAUGCCAAGAAGUAUGAGGCAUCUGGCUUCUGUUACGUGAAUGACAUUGUCAUUGCAAUCCUCGAACUGUUGAAAUACCACCCACGAGUGUUGUAUAUUGACAUUGACAUCCAUCAUGGUGAUGGAGUCCAAGAAGCAUUCUACCUCACAGACAGAGUGAUGACAGUUUCCUUCCAUAAAUAUGGCAACUUCUUCUUCCCAGGAACAGGUGAUAUGUACGAGCUUGGUGCGGAGAGUGGGAGGCAGUACUCGGUCAAUGUUCCUCUCAAAGAAGGAAUAGAUGAUGCAACCUACAUGCAGGUGUUCAAGCCUGUCAUUGCAUCUGUGAUGGAGUUUUAUCAACCAACGUGUGUUGUCUUACAGUGUGGAGCUGACUCCCUCGGUAGUGACAGACUUGGAUGCUUCAACCUCAGUAUCAAGGGACAUGGUGAGUGUGUGAAGGUGGUGAAGGAGUAUGGGCUGCCCAUGAUGGUCCUGGGAGGAGGGGGCUACACAAAGAGGAACGUGGCCCGAUGCUGGACUCACGAAACAGCUGUCUUACUGGACGACCAGAUUUCUAAUGAACUGCCUUACAAUGAAUACCUGGAAUACUUUGCUCCAGAUUUCUCACUCCAUCCAGACAUUUCUACAAAACAGGAAAACCUCAACACAAAACAGUACCUGGACCACAUACGCCAGACAAUUCAUGAGAACCUGAAGAACCUGAUUCACGCCCCCAGUGUCCAGAUGCAGGACAUCCCCCCAGACCUUCUCAACCUGGAGAACAUCGAGGAACAGGACCCCGACAUAAGAAACCACCAAGACGACGUCGACAAGAGGGUUGAGCCAGCCAAUGAGUUCUAUGAUGGUGACAAAGACAAUGACAAAGAGAACGACGGCUUCCUGGAUGUGUGACCCAGGCACUUGUGGCACCAAUGACAUUGCCAGCAGACAGUAGCAGGCUACCGUCCCAUCCAUUCAUGUUCAUCUAAGGGAGAUCACUCUCAUUUCAUAGUGACGGCAUACCAAAUGAAGGGAGAAUUUCUCAUAAAACAGGCUGCCAUUUAAAACAUCACUGCCAGAACAUGGCAGCUUGGUAAAUUCGUGGCCACGUCAUUGUUUUGGCGUCAUUCUUGUAACACAGAGGGCAAUCACACACAACGAUGGUGAGAACCAUUUCUCCCUAACUUCAUCUUCAUCUUAUUAUAAAAUGGCAAGGCAAGAACCUGUUUACUCAAAAGGGGACUAGACUCAAGCUAAUGGCCAGGCCCAGCAAGUUGGAUUGAAGUUGUUGAAAGACACCUUUUACUAAAUUCAAAUUUUAUCAAUCUUGCAGUUACUGAUAUAAAGCUGGAGUAUUGCCGAGUGCUGCUUUAACAACAAACAAACAAACUGAUUACCCCAAUCACCAUGUUCACAUGCAGAUAAUUACAACAAAAAAUUACAGUGUCUAGACUAAGACCAGUAGAGGGCACUGGACUGUUGAGUGUAGUCCCACUUUGAGCAAUUAUUGAACAUGUAUCAUGUUUUUUAAGCAAGUGUUUGUCGGUACCUGUAAAUUCUGACCCAAUUGUAUGUUGUAUGCAGAGUUGUAUAGAUGUUGUCCUAUAAUUUCAGGUAAAUAAUGUCAGUAUAUAACACGACACGCUAAGGGCUAAGGAGGCUUAUGAUUAAACUUAGAAAGGCCAGAUCACAUGAGCCAAAAUUUGUAAACACCAAAUUAUGUGAAUUACCAUUCUUUCAUUUUAUGAAGGCAUGUGAUGGUGUUCAUGCUGUUUGAUAACCAGUACUUCCAGUCAGAAUCUCCCAUGUAUGCCAUCUUUAGGGGGCUCUGGACCUCCCCGCCCUAAACAAGGUCCACGACCUUCAAAUAAUCCCAUGGAGGUCUUAUGUUUGUAUCAAUGAUGCUAUAAGACCAAAAAAAGUUAUGUUUGACUACUGAAAAUCAGUUAAAUAUUUCUAGCUAUGUUUGUCAAUAAGUAAUGAUAAAACUAAAAGAAUUCUGUUAAAGUCACCCAAAUUAAGAGAAAAAAACUUGAUCUGACAAAUGUUUGUCGGAGAAAGGAAUAUAGGAAACUGGAUUAUUCCAGUGGAUAUUUGUUAUACUAGAUCGUGCUAUACCAUGUGUGUAUACUUUUAAUAUUGCAGGUACAAACUCAUCUCUGGCGGUUAUUGUCUAUGAACUGUUCAUGGUAACACUUACAAGAUAUUGAAAGGAAUAUUCAUAUUGUCACUGGUUAGUUAUAUUUUAAGCUCAACAUGGAAGAAACAUCAAAGAUUUAUUAAAUAACAUUUAAUAAUUAACAUCAUCAUGACUGAAUAUGAGUUUGAAGAGCGGUCCCUCCCACUGUGACAGAUCUCCCUCACCAUCCUCUGCAACAUUCUGUGUUCAUAUUUUAAGACUUUUUCAAUCUGAGGAAUAACAUUGGCAGCUUAACAGUCAUUAGUUGAAACAGGUCAUCAUCAACAUCAGACAGGCUUGUUCAACGUUCAUAUAGUCAUGAUAGAAUGUGUAAAUAUUGUGAGAGGGAGACGAUUCCUUCACACCUGAUUAUGAAGUUAAUUCAAAGGUGCUAUAAGUCCCACCAAUUGUUAGGGCUGGGACGAUACACCAAUUGUGCGAUCCGAUACGUAUCACGAUACCUUGCUCACGAUCCAAUACGUAUCACGAUACUUGUAUGUGCUCUUAGCUGUGGAACAUAACCCAUAUUGUUCAUAGACAGGAUAGUCAGAUACCUGUCACACUGAUGAUUUACAGUUGGCAGUGACAAGUAUGGCGCAAUGGAUGAAAAUAUUUACUUUUUCACUACUAAUUAGUGUUUGGUGUCACAGCCAUUAAAGUAAACAUUUAAGGCAUGAAUAGAU